GAACGUGAAGACGGAUGAUUGAUAUACUUACAACCGUACCCAAGCCUUACAUUUCCUCAUUUGUUUCUAGCGCAAAACGAUUUCUUGCGACAGACAGAAAUCCGUUCGAUACCUUGAAAGACGAUAGAACGGCCACAACAUGUAUGGCGAGGCGGCUACCGAAAUAUUGCCCGAGUUUGGCUCGCGGUUAUUGCGACAUUUCUCGCUUGAUCCAACCUAUCACAACCUGAAUCAUGGCUCUUUUGGCAGCACUCCUCGAGAUAUCCAGAAACGCUUGCAUCACUAUCAAGAACUUUUCGAGUCUCAACCGGAUCCAUUCACCAGAUACGACCAGCCCAAAAUAUUGGAUGAAUGCCGAGCGGCGGCUGCGUCACUUCUGAAUGCUCCUGUCAGCACUAUUGUCUUGGUCACGAAUGUAACAGUCGGCAUUAACACAAUCUUGCGAGAUCUCAUCUGGGACGAUGGUGGCAAGGAUGAAAUUCUGUAUUUUAGUUCCAUUUAUGGCGCCUGUGGAAAGACAAUCGACUAUAUCGUGGAUUCAAGCAAUGGCCGUGUGGCAUCGCGCGAGAUUCCUCUUCUCUAUCCGUGCGAGGACGAUGAUAUAGUCCAUGCGUUUAUGACUGCUGUGCGCAACAGCCAGUCUGCUGGGAAGCGUGCGAAGAUUUGCGUGUUCGACACCGUCUCCAGCCUUCCCGGCGUUCGCUUUCCAUUCGAGCGCAUUACGAAAGCAUGCCAGGAAUUAAGAGUUCUCAGUCUCAUUGAUGGCGCGCAAGGCAUAGGGCAACUCAAGAUUGAUCUUGGAGCUGUUGAUCCUGACUUCUUCGUCACGAACUGCCAUAAGUGGCUUUAUGUCCCCCGAAGCUGUGCAGUGCUCUACGUUCCGCUCCGAAAUCAAGACCUUAUUUCGUCAACAGUGCCAACGUCGCAUGGCUAUGUAUCAAAGACUGGAGCUCGUUUCAACCCUCUUCCUCCACCAGAGGAAAAUAAAUCUGCUUUUGUGAGCAACUUCGAAUUCGUCGGCACUAUGGAUAGCAGCGCUUAUUUGUGUGUUAAAGACGCCAUCGAAUGGCGAAAGGCAGUCUUGGGUGGCGAGGAAAAAAUAAUCAAGUACACACAGUGGUUGGCAGCAGAAGGUGGCCGAACAGCUGCGGAAAUACUUGGCACAGAAAUCAUGGAGAAUGCCGCAGGGACGUUGACGAAGUGUACAAUGGUCAAUGUCGCAUUACCCAUGUGGGUUCGUCCAGAUACCAAAACACAAGAACAUUCGCAGUCGUUCACGCCUCCGGUUGAUGACAUCAUUCUAGCUUUUGAGGAAGCAUUGGACGUGGGCCAAUGGAUGUCGAAGGUCCUGGUACACGAGUACAAAACCUUUGUCGCUCUCUUUAUUCAUGGGGACCGAGUAUGGGCUAGGCUUAGCGCCCAGACUUAUCUUGACCUUUCAGAUUUCGAGUGGGCUGGUAAAACGCUGCUCGAACUUUGCAAGCGAGUUGCAAAGAAGGAAUAUGCUUGCAAGAAUUCCUUGUAGGGAGCGCACAGCAUUCGUAUUGUUUGAAUUGUUAUAUUCGUAUGAGAUGCCUAGAGAACAUAGAAUAGGAACAUAGAUAGAAUUUUACGCUGUGCUGCUGAAAGGGUAUACAAGUCGUGAGUCUCACUUAAGGUGGAACAUUGAGGACACUCAUAAUUCCAGAGGGGUUUGAAAGUGGUUGUGUUGUCCUGUAGUCAUCAGAGACCCAAAAGCUUUACAAGAUAUAGUAUCAUUCUUUGAAGGCAA